GACAAUCAUACGUACACACGUUGCUGUCAACAAAGCGGAUUAGGGUGAGAAAACGUGGACAAGGUCGAGUAAGUACGUAGAACGCGCAAAAAGGACUUCGAUGCUCUUGGGGACAUCCUGGGAACGUGCAGGGGAAGAUAGGUGGAACGGGGUUGGAACGGACUAAAGGGGAAGAAAUGGAAAGGACGAAGAGGAGAAGAUGGACAUCGUCCAUUUACUCAAACCAAUGCAUACGUUACAUUGCAGAGAGGAGACGACUUGCUCUCGAUUGUGGAUUCAAUUUCAGAGGCGUCCGGCCAGUUAGCCCACCCUCUUCCACUCGAAGAUUGCAAGGUCACGGGUCGCUGAAUAUGAAAUAUGCUCCGCUGAUUGUCCAUGGAUAUUCUCCCUUUUCCGUGUCGUCGUCGUCGUCGUCGUCGUCGUCGUCGUCGUCGCGCAGGAAAAUAACGACCAAGAAGGAAAGAAAACAUGGAAACGAAUCUUCUUUCUCGUAGUCAGCAAUUAAACUCGAGCCGCCAGUGUUAGAACGGUCCUUAAGAAACGUGAAGCUGAAUUCGAGACGCGAGCGCAAACAGCGGCCGUAUUUUCCCGACGUCCGU